AUGGCUUCCGUUAUUUUACGAAGAAAUAUAGUAAGUCGCCAUUUGAAACGCCCAUUUUAUCAGAAUAAACGUAAUGCAGGAUACGUCGUAUUGAUUCCCGAAAUUGGUGAAGAUGCUGAUAAAAAUACCCUUUUAUCAGAAAAUGGCUUGCCUGAGUUCAGUGAUAUUACUAUUGAAAAGUGUAUUGCUUCUAUUAGCAAGCAGAGCAUGGAAUAUGAAAGUGGAGUUAGAGUGAUUGAAGAAUCUGCAACAGAUUGUAGAAAUGCUUUUGUGGAAAUAUUUCAGCCGCUUGAAAAACUUGACAGACAGCUUGAAUUGACUUGGGGAAUAGCGAAAACUUUAUAUUUGGGAAAUAGUUCGCUCAUGCCCACAAAGUCCUAUUUACAGAUUCAUGAACGGGCUCACAAAGCCAGAUCCUCUAAAUUUAAUAGUAUACCAAUCUUUCACGCAGCAGUCAAUGAAAAAAACCGUUUAAAAAAACUUACAGAUGAAGAACAAAGAUUGUUAGAUAAAUACAUAUUAGAAGGAAAGUUAAAUGGUCUAGACGUUAAAGGAGUGAAACGUGAAAAGCUUAAUAGCCUUUUAAGUGCAUUGCAGAAAGAGCGGCACAUUUUCCGUGAUAAAGUCAAUGUUGCUACCAAAGCUUUCAGUAGUAUUAUAAAUGAUGAAGAAGUUAUUAAAGAAUUCCCAGAAAAUCUCGCUAAAGCUAUGUCUGUCAACAAUGACGCAAGUAGAGGUCCCUGGAAAAUAACACUGCAACCGUAUAUCUAUGAGCCCUUUAUGCAGUACUGUCCAGAUAGAGUUUUAAGAUGGAACACUUGGCAGGGAUAUGUCCAGCGGUGCUCAGGGUAUGGUAAUAAAGAUUUUGAAACAAGUACAGUUUUAGAAAAAAUCCGUAGCUUACGUCAGGAGCAAGCUACGCUUUUAGGUUUUGACACAUAUGUUGACAUGAGUAUGGAGACAAAAAUGGCGGGCUCUAUAGAAAAUGUUUAUAAUGUUCUCGAUAAUUUGCUUGAAAGUGCUCGUCCCAUGCAGGAUGUUGAAUUAGAUGUGUUACAGAAUUAUGCAAAUGAGAGAGGUUUUGAUAAAAAUUUGGAGCAUUGGGAUAUACCAUACUGGCAAAGGAAACAAAAAUGGUCGCUGUACAACUUUGAUGAAGAUAAAAUUCGUGAAUACUUCCCACUGCCAAAGGUUAUCAAUAGUUUAUUCAAUUUGUGCAGUACAUUGUUCAAAAUUCAAAUUGUUGAGAGGCUUAAUGUACAUACAUGGCACAAGGAUGUUAAGUUCUAUGAUGUAUUUGAUGACUCCAGCAACAAUCCUAUUGCUGGUUUUUAUUUUGACCCCUAUGCUCGGCAAGAUGAGAAGAUACGCGUUUAUGACGAUGCGGGUUGGCACAUAUCAAUUCGUAACAAAUGUUCAGUCACAUCGACAUUGCCUCUGUCUGCUCUUAUUUUUAAUUUCCAACCUCCAUUUGAUGGAAAACAGUCUUUAUUGUCUUUCAAAGAAGUUGGUGUUCUAUUUCAAAGAUUUGGACAUUCAUUACGACAUUUGUUAACCAAAGCAAAUUACUCUGAAGUGGCCGGUCUGUCGAACGUGGAGUGGGACGCGGCUGAAGUCUGCGGUCAUGUAAUGACUCACUGGCUUUACGAUCCUCACACAAUACAAGCAAUUAGCGGACAUUACAGCACCGAGGAACCGCUACCGAAAGAAAUUGUGCAAAACCUUCAGAAUGUUAGACAACACAUGUCUGGAUACAAUUUGUGCAAGGAACUUUAUUUAUCGCGUUUGGAUCUUGAACUACAUUCGAAGAAGACGUUUUGGAGAGAUCUUGUGAGAGAGCUGUGGCCAAAAUAUAAUGCGCUACCAUUCGACAAAUACGACUCGCACCCGCUGUCCUUUACAAAAAUCUUUUCUGAAGAAUGGGGUGCGGCUUAUUACUGCCAUUUGUGGUCGAAAAUGAUCGCAGCUGAUAUUUACAGUGCUUUCGAGGAAGCGAGACAAGGCGACGAGGACAUAAUGGCGGUUGGAAGAAGAUAUAGAGACACGUUUUUAGCUACAGGCGGUGCUUGCCACCCGAGUGAAGUGUUCAGAAGGUUCCGUGGCAGAGAUCCUUCUCCACACGCACUCUUAAAAAAUCUUGGACUGCCCAAAAAAGUCGUAGAUGAAUAA